GAGGGCGGCAGCCGGACCAGGCCCAGAGACCCUGUUCUGGGAAGGGACGCUGGGGAGACCUGCGGACUUCUUGCCUCACUGGGCCAUGCGGUUUCCAAACUAGAGUGGAUCUAACAGCUGAGGCACGGUAAGAGACGGGGAAGAGAGGCCUUCUGCUGAAGCACCUGUCCUUGCUACAGGGAGUACUGACUCACGGAGCCAGAAGGCUCUCCAGAUUAGGGCAAACCAGAGAUCAGGAAGGGCUGUUGGAAAUGCAGGACGGGCACUUAAAGCCGGUUACAGCCUCCCACAAGGAGAGCCUCCUUAUGGAAAUGAGCUGGGAACCCAGUGGGCUGGGCACAGAAGAUAGUCUGUGCUCAGGGGUUUCACAAAAGCGAGACUCUGCAGAUGCUCUCCGUGAAUGUGAUUCACAGGAACCAAGUAAAGACACCUUGGUUCAUGCAGGGAAGACCCUCUACAAAUGCAAAGAAUGCGGGAAACUGUUUAACAAGAAUUGCCGCCUCGUUCGGCAUCAGCGGAUUCACACUGGAGUGAAGCCUUAUGGUUGCCAGGAGUGUGGGAAAGCCUUUCGUGAAAAGGUGGACUUUGUCCGGCACGUGAGGAUUCACACUGGGGAGAAGCCCUACAAGUGUGCAGAGUGUGGGAAGGCCUUCAGCCGGAGGUCACACCUCAUGUACCACCAGCGGAUUCACACUGGCCAGAAGCCCUACAAGUGCAGUGAGUGUGGAAAGACCUUCAACUACCACUCUGUUUUCGUCCAGCAUAUUAUGACCCACACUGGAGAAAAACCCUUUCGUUGCGAAGAAUGUGGGAAAGCCUUUCACUACAACUCUUCCUUAACUCGGCACAUGAAGACUCACACCGGGGAGAAGCCCUACAAGUGCAGAGAAUGUGGAAAGACCUUCACCUACUACUCUGUUUUUUUCCGACAUGGGCAGACCCACGCCACACAAAAGCCCUAUAAGUGUAAAGACUGUGGUAAAAGUUUUUACUAUGGCUAUUCCCUCUCUCGACACAAACGGAGUCACACUGGAGAGAAGCCCUAUGAGUGCAAGGAUUGUGGAAAGGCCUUUGCCCACCGCUCUGUGUUUGUCCGGCAUACUAAGACCCAUGCAGAGAAAAAACCUUUGAGUGCAAAUAAUGUGGAAGAGCCUCUUGUGAAAGCUUUUCUUUCUCUUGACAUUUGAGCCCUGCAAUAGAGAAGCGCUCUGAAUGCAGUGACUACACGAAAGCCUUGUGGUCCUCACUCAGCAUCAGAGAUUUCAUGCUGGAGAGAAACUCUCCGAAUGUAAGACACGUGGGAAGACCUUCUGCAGGUGGGCCUACCUCAGUCAACAUCAGAGCGCUUCUACUGGGAAAAGACCUUUCGAUUAUAACUGCUAAGGAAAACCGCAGGGCCACAGGAACUAUCUUUACUUGGCAUCUGAGAAUUCAUUCAGAAGAGAAGCCUCUUGGUUAUCGUGCAUUUAGAACAGAACUUCUGCCACAGCUCUCUCCAUAGGUUAUAUCACUGAACCAUCUCAGGAAUAUUUGGAGAAGAACGAGGAGGAGGGUGCUGUAGAAGAGAAAAGAAAAAUGUAUACAUAGCUUCUUUCAGACUUUUUGAAAGCCAAGCCUAUGAAGAUUUGAAUUUGGUUCUUUAUUUUGAGGAUAGCUGAAAGGUAAAAGGGCUUGGACCCUUUAUUUGUCUCAUAUAUAGCAAUAUAGUAGCUAAGUCUUGAGCUGCUGUUGUAUCCUGUCCCUGCCCAGGACUUCAGUCCUUGCCAGCUCGGAACUGAGAGUUUUGGUUCCAGGAGCUGGAAUAUGUGUGUGUGUGUGUGUGUGUGUGUGUGUAUGUGUGUAUAUAUAUAUAUAUUCACAUCUGUCUGUGAGGGGCGAGUUGGGCAGUUGAAGGAUGCUCUAUAAAGAUUUGUUGAAAGCACUCUUUGUUUUAAAACAUUGUCUCUGAUCUUGAGGACCAUAAGUCUUUGUGAGAAACAGGCAGGCUUAAGACAUUAAAUACUUGAAACUUCUAAGAAAUUAGAAUAUUAAAAAUAACAGCCACAUAGAAUUAUUUUCUGUUUAAGGAGAUAAGGAUCCAUAUGUGAAUGGGCACAUUUUACUGCAUCCUUUAAGACUAUUUAAGGCUUUCGGGUUUUUUGGGUUUUUUUUUAUCUCUUUCUUCAGGUGACCCUGAACACCCAGCAGUUUCAUUUUUUUUCUGGACAUCAGUGCACUUGUUUGUUUUGAUUCAGGGACGUGUUUUGAUUCAUGCUCCUGUAGCUGUGCCGGCUCCCCACGUGAGCCUUAAUUCUCUCCUCUGUGAUCUCCCAGCCUCCUUAGUCAUGCGUAGGUAGAAGAGCUUCUCUAAACCGUGUCAGCAGUUUUCUAGAGGUUAAACUAGAGGUACAGCAAACCAGAUAAAAGACAGCUAACUUUUAGCUAAUGAAAAACUUAGGAACAAUUUUUAAAUUUAAAAAAUGCAUACAGUGUAUUAAAAUGUAAAACAUGCAGACCCUUUGACAUUUAAUUCAAUUUCUAGCAAUUGAGCCUAGAGAACUGUUCUCACAAAUGUACAGAUAUGUGGACAAAAAAAUAUCACUGUGACUUUGUUUUUAUAUAUGAAACAAAGGUUUUAUAUUGUUUUCUUUUGAAUAUCUUGAAAAUGUCUUAUGUUGAAAACAAUCUAAAUGUCCAUCAGUAGGGAAGUUACGGUACAUCUGUUCUAUGAUAUACUGCAGAACAGUAAGGUAUCUCUGUAUAUUGCAAUGUUAAAACAUCUCCCAGGUCCAGUGUUAGGUAAAAGAGCAAGUUGCAGGAAAUAAGUCUAGAUCUGGAAAGAUGGCCUUGACACUGUUAACAGUGACUAUCCGUGAGGAAUGAGAUGGAUCAGGGUUGUAGGGAACUUUGAGUUUUUACUUUAUAUAGUAUACUUUAUAUAUACUGUAUUGUUUGCAGUUUUAAAAAACAAAGAGCGUGUAUUCUUUUUGCAAUAAAUGUUUUGAAUAUUUUAAUAAAAAUGGCA